AUGUAUUUGCACGAUUAUCUGAACAAAUUCAUGCGCGUGUGGAACGCGCAAGAGGGCCAAGCGGUGGCCUGCUUUCUGUCGCUCCAGAACAACCACGUUAACAAUCCCAACCUGUACAAGGAGAACCCGGAAGGUGCCGUCAGUCGACAGCUUCCGACCCCGUUGGACGAAAUCGUAUCGGCACACCUGCGGACAAUCUACCAGCUGAUGCGCAGCGAUCCACCGAACUAUGGGGAAGCGUUCAAACAUCAGACGAGCGUCGUUCAGGCGGUGGUCAAAUUGUUGCAGCACAUGAAAGAGGAGAACUGGAUACUGCCGAUCAUGUACGUCGCAUCGAUCGAUCUGCGCUUGCUGGCCACUAAAUGCGAGCAGCUGUCGAAAAGCUCGAAAGCGGGUGAAAUUUUGGAGAAGGCGGCCGAAAGUCUGAUGUCGUGUUUUCGCGUGUGCGCCGGCGAUACGCGCUCGUCCGACGAGGACACCAAGCGGCUUGGAAUGCUCAACCUCGUCAAUCAACUGCUGAAGGUGUAUUUCCGGAUCAACAAGCUGCACCUCUGCAAACCGCUGAUCCGUGCGAUCGAUAGCUCCAACUUUCGCGAAAGCUUCAGCCUGGCCCAACGCAUCACCUACAAGUACUUUGCCGGUCGGAAGGCGAUGUAUGAUUCGGAUUUUAAGAACGCGGAAGAAUAUCUGAGCUUCGCGUUCAACCAGUGUCCCCGGAGGUUUACGAAGAACAAGCGACUGAUACUGAUUUAUCUGACGCCCGUCAAGAUGCUGCUUGGCUACAUGCCCCGGAAGGAGGUGCUAGAACGGUACAAUGUGCUCCAGUUCCACGACUUGGCGGCCGCCGUCCGCGAGGGAAACGUGAAACGAUUCGAUGAAGCGAUCCGCCGGCACGAGAUGUUCUUCAUCAACGCCGGGAUCUACCUGAUCGUCGAGAAAAUGAAAAUACUCACCUACAGAAAUCUGUUCCGGAAGGUGCACAUGAUUUUGGGCACACACCAAAUCGAUAUAAACGCGUUCCAGACGGCGCUGCAGGUUUCCGGCGUCGAGGAUGUGUCGCUCGACGAAACGCACUGUAUCGUGGCCAAUUUGAUAUACGAAGGACGGAUCAAGGGCUACAUCAGCUAUCAGCACAAUAAACUGGUUAUUUCGAAGCAGAACGCCUUCCCGACGGUCGUCGCCGCAUAACAGUGUGGUUUGGCCGACGAGCAUCGGCAGAAUUAAUGCAUUUAGCAGUACGCGGAUCGAUGGAACAUGAAGAGCGUGAUAUAACAUUUGUAAUCUGGU